AUGUAAAAAGUAAAUAUUGCUGCCUUUACAGAUGACAAAGUUUUUAUUAAUUUACUAGAUGUAUUUAUUAAUAGUUUAUCAUUUUAAGAAAGAAGUUAAAAGACAUGAAAAGGAAUAUUAUAAAUAGGAUAAACCAAAUAUUGAAAAUAGAAUUUUAACAACUAAUAAGAAAAAUAGCAAAUAAUUUUACUCAUUCUCUAUCCUCCAUAAAAACAAUAUAGUUGUCAAGGAUCAUAAAAAAAUAAUUCUAAAAACAUUUCACAACAACACCAAAAUAUCUGAUAUUAAUUAAGACUAAUUUAAUGAUAUCCCUCUUUCAGAGAGGUUGACCAGAAGGUCUAAUAUUGUUUAAAGAAAUUGCUAUUUUGGUCUUAAUACAUAAACUUAAUAUACUCAAAGAUCAGAACUUAAAUCAAUAAAUGAAGAAAUAAUUUAAUCUGGACUACUUAAGACUUAAAGAAACAAUAAGAUGGAUCUGAUAUAAGAAAGAAUCAAUAUGUAUUCAUAUUUUAAUUUAUAAAGUUGUAAAGAAUACUUAAAUAAAGAAUAAUAGAGAUUGAAAAUGGCAGAGGAAUAAAUAGAAAAAAAUUAAUUUAUACUUGAAGAACUAGCUUAAGAACUUGAAAUUGUGAAUAGCAAUAAAGCAAUUUUCAAUUCUAUAAAGAAUUUAGAUUAAUAAGUAUAUAAAAAUGAAUUAAAUUUAAUUAACUACAGAAAAGUUACAUAGGAGUUAUACGAAUUUAUAUAAUAAACAUAAAUAAAGUAUUUUUAGAAAUAAUAGGAAUUGAUUUAUCCAUUUAUUGAGAGUUUUAAAAAUGAAUUAAAUUGUAUGUUAAUAGAAUAUGAAUCAUAAAUUAAAAGAAACUAAGUAAAAUGA